AUGGUCUACGGGAGGAGCAUCGCCGUGGGCGUCUGCCUGAUGACCGUCGUCCUGUUUCUGGCCGCCGUGAUAUUCUACUUGAGUAUGGGUCCCUGCCCCACGGGCAGCUUCGCCUGCGACAACGGCACGCUGUGCGUUCCGAGGCGCCAGAUGUGCGACAGUCGGCCAGACUGCGCCGACAGCAGCGACGAACAUCCUGUGGAGUGCGGCCUGCUCUACGGCAGCAAGGAGAUUGCCGACAAGAUUGUGCGUAAUGCGAUUGAAAAGAAGCAACAGCGCCUAAUCUCCGCCACCGCUUCGAAUGCGAGCGGCGUGGAUUUAGCACCGCCGGCGGUGCCAAGAAAUCAGAGCCUAACUUUAAACAUGACUUGUGAUAUCGUCACAUAUCCGAAGACCUGUCAGUGCGGCCAGGGAACAAUCCUCUACUGCGGUCGCUAUGCCAAGUUGCGUAGAUUUCCCCGGACGAGUUCCGAGGUCACCAAUCUGAUCAUCAUCCGCAACAAUCUGACUUUGAGAGAAAAUAUCUUUGCCAACUUGACGCGUCUGCAGAAGCUAACGCUCAAGUACAACAACAUAUCACGUGUCCCGCUGGGCAGCUUCAGCGGAUUGGUUCACCUGGAGCGCCUGGAGCUGAGCCACAACAACAUCAGCCACCUGCCCCACGGAACUUUCGUGGGGCUGCACAGCCUCCAGUGGCUGUUCCUGGUGAACAACCACCUGCACCGUUUGCCCGUGGAGCAGCUGGUGCUCCUCCGCCGUUUGGAGUGGUUGGUUUUGAGCAGGAAUCGCCUCACACUGCGAAAUGUGCAGCUGCCGAAAAUCCCGUCGCUCUACGAAGUUUAUUUGGAUUUCAAUCGAAUCGAAUACAUCGGCGAGGAAACUUUCUCCCAAUUGGAUAAUUUACAUUUGCUAGAUCUGCAGAAUAACCUCAUCACCCACAUCCAUGGAAGGGCUUUUGCGAAUCUAACCAGUUUGCGGGAUAUCCGCCUUGUCGGUAAUCCCAUUAAGGAGUUAUCUGGCGAAACAUUUCUGCACAACACUCGACUGGAGGCACUUUCCCUGGCUCAGAUGCCCAUACACAUCCAUCGCAGCUUGAUGGAGCCUCUGAACAUCUCGUUCCUGAAUCUCUCGGGAAUUCGAUAUGAUCACAUUGACUUUGCGGCCAUUAACUCGAUGCGUAACCUUACGUACAUCAUCUACGAUCGCUUCUUUUACUGCUCGAUGACGCCGCGGGUGAGGAUGUGCAAGCCUUCCACCGAUGGAGUAAGCUCCUUCCAAGAUCUCUUGAGCAAGCCGGUCCUCCGAUAUUCCGCCUGGGUGAUGGCCACCCUGACCAUAGCCGGUAAUGUUUUGGUCCUUUGGGGACGCUUUAUCUAUCGGGAUGAGAACGUGGCCGUCACAAUGGUGAUUCGGAAUCUGGCCCUCGCCGACAUGCUGAUGGGUUUCUAUCUGGUCACCAUUGGGGUUCAGGACUACCGCUACCGGAACGAGUAUUACAAGGUUGUGCUGGAUUGGAUCAGCUCGUGGCAAUGCACUGUAAUUGGAACCCUGGCCGUGAGCUCCUCGGAGGUUUCAAUGCUCAUCCUAGCCUUCAUGUCGCUGGAACGCUUUCUGCUAAUUGCUGAUCCCUUCCGAGGCCAUCGCAGCAUCGGAAGUCGGGUGAUGUGGCUGGCCCUGAUCUGCAUUUGGAUUACGGGAGUGGGUCUGGCUGUAGUUCCGGUGCUCUUGUGGCGAACGAGCACCUUGCCCUACUAUGGAUCGUAUUCUGGCACCUGUUUCCCUUUGCACAUCCAUGAGCCCUUUCCCUUGGGAUGGCUUUACUCGGCAUUUGUAUUUCUGGGCGUCAACCUGUUGCUGCUGGUAAUGAUUGCGAUGCUCUACACGGCACUCCUCAUCUCUAUAUGGCGGACACGGAGUGCAACUCCGUUGACUCUCUUGGAUUGCGAGUUCGCAGUGAGGUUCUUCUUCAUUGUGCUGACCGAUUUUUUGUGCUGGGUGCCCAUCAUUGUCAUGAAGAUCUGGGUGUUCUUCAACUACAACAUCUCUGACGACAUCUACGCCUGGUUGGUGGUCUUCGUGCUGCCCUUGAACUCGGCGGUUAAUCCACUUUUGUACACCUUUACCACGCCAAAGUAUAGGAAUCAAAUAUUCCUGCGUGGCUGGAAGAAGAUUACCUCAAGGAAGCGAGCGGAGGCAGGCAAUGGUAAUGUGGCCACCACCACGACUGGCACGGGCACAGGAUCCUCUCAGCAUCCUGAUGAUUCCACGGCGUUGGCCAAAGCCAUGCCGCUCGCUCUUACGCUGUCAAACUAA